AAUUGGGCGGCGCUUUCGCCUUCUCUGAGCAUGACUCAUUCGGGAUGCCGUCGUUGUCCUGGGAUACCGGGAGACACCUUGUCCUGAGCGUCCUGUCUCUAUGGAAACAUCAACAUGGCGGCAGAGUGAGUUCUGAGAGUUGCUCCCAGGACCAGGGGAACGGCGCGAGUAGCCACCGAAGGUGGCUGAUGCUCAUCCAGGCAGCCUCAAGCCCCCUGAUGAAGACGAGGGACAGCAUGAACUCCGGCUCCUGCCUGAGCACCAGCACAGUGGCCGUUCCCACCGUCACUGGCAGCAGUGUGGUGCUGAGUGCCUGCGGCAGCAACACCAGUGCCCACGCUGCCAGCUUGACGGACACUCGCAUGUGCUUCUCAAAAAAGCAAGACAAAGUGAAGAAGAGGGUCAUCUGGGGCAUUGAGGUGGUCGAGGUGCUGCAGUGGCAAGGUUGGACACUCGGGAAGGAGAUCACCAAGAGCCUGGCUCUGAAAAAUCUGUCCUUGAAAACCCAGAAGAUGACAUACAGGUCCCCCAAGACCAAGUUCUUCUUCACAGUCAUCCCCCAGCCCAUCUUGCUGAGCCCGGGCAUAACCUUCACACUCCCCAUUAUCUUCCGGCCUCUGGAGGAGAAGGAGUACAUGGACCAGCUCUGGUUUGAGAAAGAAGAGGGAAUGUUCUGUGUGGACCUGAGGGCCACCCUGCCUUGCCACAGUCUGAUCUGCCCACCGUCCCUGCAGUUGCCCAUGUGUGCUGUGGGGGACACCGCCGAGGCCUGGUUCUGCCUGGAAAAUGUGGGGGACUUGCCCACCUUCUUCACCUGGGAGUUCUCCAGCCCCUUCCAUGUACUGCCCACCACGGGGCUGCUGGAGCCAGGCCAGGCUUCCUACAUCAAGGUGACCUUUCACCCCCUUUUGGCCAUCAUCUAUGAAGUUCAGGCCACAUGCUGGUAUGGAGAGGGCAGUAAGCAGAAGAGCAGCAUCCAGUUGCAGGCUGUGGCCAAAUGCGCCCAGCUGCUGGUGAGCAUAAAGCAGAAGCGACCAGAGGACCAGGAUGCUGAAGGCAUCCAGAAAGUGCUGCACUUUGGCACCGUCGCUGUGGGCCGCACCGCCGAGAGGCAGAUCAAGCUCUAUAACCCUUCGGCGGUGAGCGCCCCCUUCCGGAUCGAAGUAGCCCCAGACAUGCUGGCCAAAGAUCACACCUUCUCGUGCCCCACUACCAAUGGCAUUGUGCCUCCAGGAGGGGAGAAGUUAGUGUCGGUGUCCUUUCACCCCGAGACCUUGGACGUCAGAACUAUUGACUACUUGUCCAUCAUGCCGUCUGGCUGUGCCUCCCAAACCCUGCUCAAAGUCGUUGGUUUCUGUAGAGGUCCUGAUGUGUCCCUGAAACAUUGCUGUGUCAACUUCAGCUGCGUCAACCUCGGGCAGACCUCAGAGCAGCCCCUGUGGAUUGAGAACAAGUCGGACUGCACAGCCUACUUCCAAUUUGCCAUUGACUGCCAAGAGAGUGUCUUCGGCAUCAGACCAGCCUUUGGGACCCUGGUGGGCAAGGCCCGCAUGACCCUGCACUGUACCUUCCAGCCCACUCACCCCAUCAUCUACUCUCGGCGAGUGGCCUGUCUCAUUCACCACCAGGACCCGCUGUUCCUGGACCUGAUUGGGACCUGCCACUCAGACAGCACCAAGCCAGCCAUCCUGAGGCCUCAGCACCUCGCUUGGUACCGCACACACCUGGCACGGGGCCUGACGUUCUACCCUCCUGACAUCCUGGGCAUCUUGCUGAGGGAGAAGAAGCUGGAGCAAGAUCAGAAUGGGGCCCUCAGGAUUCCCACUGAGGACCUGGCAGACGCGUCAGCCCUGAAGUAUCCUCUCAUCCCUCCCAUGACUGAGUACUUCGUCGAUGGUACCAGCGACAUAGCCAUCUUCCCCCCACCUGUCAGCAUAGAGCCCACUGACGUGGAUUUUGGUGCCUGCCCUGGGCCCAAGAACCCCUACCCUGUCCCCCUGUGCUUGAUGAACCACACCAAAGGCACAAUCACGGUGGUCUGGACGCAGAGGUCUGACUGCCCCUUCUGGGUGACCCCAGACACCUGUGACGUGCCUCCACUCAAGUCCAUGGCCAUGCGCCUGCACUUCCAUCCACCUUACCCCAACUGCCUGUAUGCUGUGGAGCUCGAGGCCUUCGCUGUUUAUAAGGUCCUGCGGAGCUACAAUAACAUCGAGGAGGACUGUACCGUGUGUCCCUCCUGGUGCCUGACCCUCCGGGCACGAGGCCACAGCUAUCGUGCUGCCCUGGAGCACCACAUCCCUCAAUAUUCCCUGCAGGCCCCCAAGCUCUUUCCUGCAGUGUCCCCCAACGAACCCUCCUACCGUAGCCUGCUGUUGAUCAACAAAGGCUCCAUGAUGUUGACCUUCAACUUGGCCCCCCAAAGCAGCUCAGACAUCUCCCUGCGUCCCAGCUCGGGCCUCGUGGCCCCCAGGGCCCACCAGAUCUUCCUCGUCUGUACCUACCCCAAGGGCAACUCCUGGAAGCAGCACGUUUUCUACUUGCAGUUCAAUUUUUGCCCCCGGUAUCUCAAGGAGGUAAGCAUGCAGAGCCGGGAGGAGCCUCUGCAGCUGAAGCUGGACACCUGUAAGCGCGUGUUCUUCAAGCCCACCUGGGUGGGCUGCUCCUCCACCAGCCUCUUCACUUUCCACAACCCCUCGCGUCUGCCCCUGGAGUUUGAAUGGAGGAUUUCCCAGCUGCACAGAAAGGUGCUGGCCGUCCAGCCUGCUCGGGGACUUAUCCAGCCCAGUGAGAGCCUUACGCUGACGUGGACCUUCAGCCCUCUGGAGGAGACCAAGUAUCUGUUCCGAGUGGGGAUGUGGGUCUGGGAAGCCGGUCUGCCCCCAGACACCAAGCCCCCCACCACCACCCACUAUAUGCUCCGGCUGGUGGGUGUGGGCAUCACCAGCAGCCUCUCCGUGAAGGAAAAGGAGCUGGAUUUUGGGAACGUGCUGGUGAACAGCAAACAGUCCAGGUUGCUGAUGCUUCUGAACGAUGGCAACUGCACUCUUUAUUAUCGCCUGUUCCUGGAGCAGUGCAGCCCUGAGGUCAUGGACGACGGCCCCCUUGGUACUCAGGCCUGGACCGGGAUGGGGGCGGGGGGCCGGGGAGGCAGGCAGUGAGGGAUGAUGGUUAACCAGAUCAAGGUUUGGGGGCAGAUAGAGCAGGGCUUAACACUUGGUGCUUCCACCUUUUACAUGUGUGGCAUGGGCCGGUGACUCUCUGAGCCUCAGCUGCCUCAUCUGUAAAAUGGGACUGUUGCUGGCAAUGACCCAAAGACUGGUUUCCUCUGUCUGGUCUGG